CGCCUCGGCGCCGGCGGUGCACCGACAGCCCCUUCUCCCUUGCGGGCGGUUUGUGUGAUUUUGCUAAAAUGCAUCACCAACAGCGAAUGGCUGCCUUAGGGACGGACAAAGAGCUGAGUGAUUUACUGGAUUUCAGUGCGAUGUUUUCACCUCCUGUGAGCAGUGGGAAAAAUGGACCAACUUCUUUGGCGAGUGGACAUUUUACUGGCUCAAAUGUAGAAGACAGAAGUAGCUCAGGGUCCUGGGGGAAUGGAGGACAUCCAAGCCCUUCCAGGAACUAUGGAGAUGGGACACCUUAUGACCAUAUGACCAGCAGGGACCUUGGGUCACAUGACAAUCUCUCUCCACCUUUUGUCAAUUCCAGAAUACAAAGUAAAACUGAAAGGGGCUCAUACUCAUCUUAUGGGAGAGAAUCAAACUUACAGGGUUGCCACCAGCAGAGUCUCCUUGGAGGUGACAUGGAGAUGGGCAACCCAGGAACCCUGUCGCCCACCAAACCUGGUUCCCAGUAUUAUCAGUAUUCUAGCAAUAACCCCCGAAGGAGGCCUCUUCACAGUAGUGCCAUGGAGGUACAGACAAAGAAAGUUCGAAAAGUUCCUCCAGGUUUGCCAUCCUCAGUUUAUGCUCCAUCAGCAAGCACUGCCGACUACAAUAGGGACUCGCCAGGCUACCCUUCCUCGAAACCAGCAGCCAGCACUUUCCCUAGCUCCUUCUUCAUGCAAGAUGGCCAUCACAGCAGUGACCCUUGGAGCUCCUCCAGUGGGAUGAAUCAGCCUGGCUAUGGAGGAAUGUUGGGCAAUUCUUCUCAUAUUCCACAGUCUAGCAGCUACUGUAGCCUGCAUCCACAUGAACGUUUGAGCUAUCCAUCACACUCCUCAGCAGACAUCAAUUCCAGUCUUCCUCCGAUGUCUACUUUCCCCCGUAGUGGUACAAACCAUUACAGUACCUCUUCCUGUACGCCUCCUGCCAAUGGGACAGACAGUAUAAAAGCAAAUAGAGGAAGCGGGGCAGCAGGCAGCUCCCAGACUGGAGAUGCUCUGGGGAAAGCACUUGCUUCGAUCUAUUCUCCGGAUCACACUAACAACAGCUUUUCAUCAAACCCUUCAACUCCUGUUGGCUCUCCUCCGUCUCUUUCAGCAGGCACAGCUGUCUGGUCUAGAAAUGGAGGACAGGCCUCCUCAUCUCCCAAUUAUGAAGGACCUUUACAUUCUUUGCAAAGCCGAAUUGAAGAUCGCCUAGAAAGACUGGACGAUGCUAUUCACGUUCUCCGGAAUCAUGCAGUGGGCCCUUCCACAGCUAUGCCUGGUGGCCAUGGGGACAUGCAUGGAAUCAUUGGACCUUCUCAUAAUGGAGCAAUGGGUGGUCUGGGCUCAGGGUAUGGAACCGGUCUUCUUUCAGCCAACAGACAUUCACUCAUGGUUGGAGCCCAUCGUGAAGAUGGCGUAGCUCUCAGAGGCAGCCAUUCUCUUGUGCCAAACCAGGUUCCAGUUCCACAACUUCCUGUCCAGUCUGCAACUUCCCCUGAUCUGAACCCACCCCAGGACCCCUACCGAGGCAUGCCACCAGGAUUACAGGGCCAGAGUGUCUCCUCCGGCAGCUCUGAGAUCAAAUCCGAUGACGAAGGGGAUGAAAACCUCCAAGACACGAAGUCUUCUGAGGACAAGAAAUUAGAUGACGACAAGAAGGAUAUCAAAUCAAUUACUAGGUCAAGAUCUAGCAAUAAUGACGAUGAGGACCUGACCCCAGAGCAGAAGGCCGAGCGGGAGAAGGAACGGAGAAUGGCCAACAACGCGCGCGAGCGCCUGCGUGUGCGUGACAUCAACGAGGCUUUCAAGGAACUGGGCCGCAUGGUGCAGCUCCACCUCAAGAGCGACAAGCCCCAGACCAAGCUCCUGAUCCUCCACCAGGCCGUGGCCGUCAUCCUCAGCCUGGAGCAGCAAGUCCGAGAAAGGAACCUGAACCCGAAAGCAGCGUGUCUGAAAAGAAGGGAGGAAGAAAAGGUGUCCUCAGAGCCCCCUCCGCUCUCCUUGGCUGGCCCGCACCCUGGAAUGGGAGAUGCCUCGAAUCACAUGGGACAGAUGUGAAAAGGGUCCAAGUUGCCACAUUGCUUCAUUAAUACAAGAGACCACUUCCUUAACAGCUGUAUUAUCUUAAACCCACAUAAACACUUCUCCUUAACCCCUUUUUUUGUAAUAUAAGACAAGUCUGAGUAGUUAUGAAUCGCAGACGCAAGAGGUUUCAGCAUUCCCAAUUAUCAAAAAAACAGAAAAACAAACAAAAAAAAAAAAAGAAAAGAAAAGCAAGAAAAAGUGCAACUUGCGGGCGACUCUCUAACAUAUCAUUCAGAACGUGCAGAGCGGUGUAUGCGGGCUGACAGCGGCCCAGAGACUGAAUGGCAAUCUUUCCACACUGUGGAACAAUGCAUUUGUGCCUAAACUUCUUUUGGAAAAAAAAAAUAUAAUUAAUUUGUAAGUCUGAAAAAAAAAUAUUUAAUUUAAAAAAAAUUGUAAACUUGCAAUAAUGAAAAAAGUGUACUUCUGAAGAAAACUACAUGAACGUUUUUGUUGGUAUUCAAGUCAGCUAGUGUUUAUAUAAUUACUGGAUAUUGAGCAAAAGGGAAGCGCAGCUGCCCUCGUAACAAAACCAGCAAACGUCCUGAUGACAACAAAGUGAUGACAUUAGCCAUUCCUUAGGGUAGGAGGAACAGAUGGAUCUUAUAGACCUAUGACAAAUAUAUAUAUAAAUAUAUAUAUAAAUAUAUAUUAAAAAUUUAGUGACUAUGGUAAGCUUUUGUUCAUUUGUUUCAGACUUUUUUCUCCUGUAAAAAAAUAGUACUGAUUAACUUUUUUAAAAGAAAGAUUUUACUGUAAAUACGGAAUUUUUUUUUUUGGGUCUUAUUUCCGUCCCCUUUCCCCGGUUUGUUAUUGUAACCUGUAGUGCCAACUCUGCUUCCGGAGGGUAGUGCAGGAUGAAACGCUGACCCUGAUGUUGCUUUUCAUUCAUAAAUAAGUAGAAAGUUGUUUCUCCAGUCUUUUGGGAACACAGGACUUAAAAGUCACAUCAUGUGUAGAUAUUACAAGCAGCAUUACCAAGACACGGCAAAAAUGAAUUUGUCUGAAUUGUAAUGUUGCGGCUUGUGACCCUAUUCUGGGAUUUUUCAGAGGUACAAGGUUAGAAUGCUACAAUGUUUACCACUGUGCCUUCCAAUGUUUAUAUCAUCGGAAACAUAACAUAAUCAAAGUGGCUGUGAUUUAACAAAAAAAAAUAAAUGAUUAAAGUGUUGCCUACAUGUGUAGCCGAAGUAGUGUGCAGUGAGGCGUUUCUGAAUACAUGGUCAGAUUUUUGGAAUAAAACAAAAACAAAAAAAAAAUACAAAAAAAAGUCAAGUUCAAAAAAAAAACCAUCAAAUGAGAAAAUUGCAAGUAGUGUGACAGAGCUGAUUGAUUUGGUUGCUUUCUUGGUUUGUUGUUUCGUUGUUUUGUUUUGUUUUGUUUUGUUUCGAAAUGGGUUUACUAAAAUGUAGAUGACUUAACUGCCUCCUCCUUCGUCAGAAAAAAAUAAAAUGCCAAUAUUCAAUCAUCAUGCAGCAUUAAAACAAGCCUUAUAAGUCCGAAAGCAUUAAGUUGCACUUUCUGGAGGAGGGGCAGUGCAGUAUUUCUCUGGCCAGUAUGAAUGAAGUUUAUACUUAACAUAUUUGAUAGAAGCAUAGAUCAAGCUAUGGCACAGCAACUCAUCAGAUAGCUAGCUUUGACGUCGUCUGGGCACAAUUGAACCAACUUCCAUCGUGAAUCUUUUUAAUGAUUGACUUUGGUAUAUAGUGCAGUAAACAAAUCGUGCUCCUAGUUAAGUAUUGUCAGCAUCCUUUUGUCUCUAACUCGUUUCUGUUUUAACAGCCACACGAUCUUGGCAUGUAUUAAGAGAAAAAAAAAAUCCCUGUUCAAGUAGUUUUUUCCACCUAUCAGCACUGAGUAAAUGCCAUAAAUCCAUCGAAAUGGUCUAAUGUUCCAUCUGUUCUCCUGUUUUGCCAGUUAUCUAGUACUGAAAUACAUUUGUAAAUUUUAUGCAACAAAUGGCAAACGUAUCAUUAUUUUGAAGUUGUGUAUGUAAAAGUUAUAUUUUUACAUGUAGACUCUUGUUAUUAUGUGUUUUAAUACAUUGUAUGGGUUUUUGUUCUUUUUUUUUAAGCUGUGUGGUUUUUAAAAGUCUCAUUUAAAUGAAAUAGUGAGCUACAAGAAUCUGAAUUCUAUGUUCAUUUCCGAAAAUGUAAGAACAAAUAAGAUAGUUACCACGUGGUCAUCUUUUACAAGCCCAUAAACAUUUUUGAUUAGCUGUGUGCGUGCGUGUGUGUUGAAAACUGUAAAUAUGUUCAGUAGCGAUAAAACUAAAAUACUUUGAUUUGUUGAUAAGUUCCUAAAAUGUGGAGGUGGAUUAAAAACCUGAGGAGAAUAGCAGACAUCAAACUUCAUGAAAAGUGAUUUAGAGGCUUUCCUGUGAAAUGUGUGAACAAAGAGGCCCCCAAUCAGGGCAUGGAAGAGAAUACUGGAUUCUCCCCUCCUCCUGAGUAACAGAAACCAUAUGGACUUGUCCCUCAGUAUGUUCAAGAUUUCCUUUUAGUGGUACAUUCUGCACUCACUUUGUAUAGUCUACCAAGGCGGGUAUCCCUAGGAACAAUAUUAUGUAGGAAGCAGGUCUACUCUGAUCACAUUCAGGAUAAGUGUAUAGAAGAAACGAAGGUGUUUACUCUUGAAAAGGGAACUCAAAACACUCCCUGUAUCGAUGUACAUUUGAAGAAAGGCACUUUUGAUACCUGUGUUAUCACAAAGGUGCUUCAGAGAGCUGAUUUAAUGUUUUUUCAAACCUGUAAACAGAGCAAAAAAUUAAAGUGUAGUUUGUCUGGUUAUUUUUUUAAUUUGGUGCUUUACUAUUUUGUUCUCACUCAGAGUAAAAACUGCAAUUUUAUUGUUCACCAGCUUUGACGUAUUCAUUGCUCAGUAAUGUGA